AUGGCGCGACCGACAACUGAGUCAACGCAGAUUGAAGAGGCCAUCGUGGCUGUGCAGAGCGGCUCUAUGCCUCUUCGGGAGGCUGCUCGCAUGUACGGCGUACCCCGUACGACGCUGCAACGUCGGGUGCAGCAUCGGGUAAAGUGUCGAGCGUCAAAAGUUUUGGGUUGUGCUGCCUUCGAGCCAGUGAUGGUCAAGCAAGAGGAAAAUUCUCACGCAGUCACUGACAUACACGGUCAAAGUGAUACGAGCAGUGAAGAAAUUACGGAAAACAAGGAGACGAGGCGUCGAGAAAUUAAUAAAAUAGGUCACAAGCGAUCGGCGAGUCAUUUGGAAUUACACGGCCAAGGGCCGCAGAAGGUCAUCAACUGCAAGAUUCGGAUGCUUUGUACAGCUGCGGGGAGCGCAUUGGAUGAGCUGAGCAAUGAAAUGAUUAGACAGGGAAAUUGCAUUUACAAAUUAGGAUUGGGGCAGUCGCCGUUCCCGAUUCCGCAGUGCAUUGUCGACGAAUUACGUGCCAAUUCGCACCAGAGAGACUAUUUACCGGUUGCAGGGUUACCCGAGCUGUGUGCUGAUAUUGCUGCAUGGGGGACAGAUCGACUGCACGUCAAUUACUCGCGAGACGAUGUUUUGGUAGGCCCUGGAACCAAAGAGUUACUAUUUGUGCUGCAGACGGUGUAUUAUGGAGAUCUGCUGCUUCCCAAUCCGAGUUGUACAAGUUACGCGCCACAGGCCGCUAUAGCUGGAAGAAACAUGAUGUGGUUACCAACACAUGCCGAAGACCACUUCGUGCUUCGACCAGAAGUGCUCGAAGCGCAUUGCGCCAAAGACCCGGACGCUCCUCGAAUUCUCAUUCUAAAUAGUCCGUCAAACCCUACCGGAUGCGCUUAUCAGGCCGACGAGCUGAAGGCACUCGCAAAGGUCGCAAGGAAAUACCGUGUUCUUGUUGUUUCGGACGAAAUAUACUCGGAGCUGCAUCAUUCUGGCACACAUCUUUCACUUUCCAAGUACUAUCCGGAAGGGACCAUCGUUUCAGGAGGGUUGAGUAAGUGGUGUGGUGCUGGUGGCUGGCGAAUGGGCUUUUGGCUGUUCCCACCCAGCAUGGACUGGUUGCGCAGCAGCAUGCUCGUGAUGGCGUCCGAGACGUACACGUCGGUUGCUUCGCCCAUCCAGUAUGCCGCUCGACGAGCGUUCGUUCUCGGUUGUGUGGAGCUCGCUUCGUACAAGCGCAAAUGCCAAAAAACGCUGCAGCUCGUCGGUCGAUGGUUCGCUUACCAGCUACAGAAGAUAGACGUCGAGGUACAGGUCCCCGAGGCCGGCUUCUAUCUAUUCCCAUGCUUCCGACGGCAUCGCAAAGCGCUUGCAUUACGAGGCAUCGCCACUGACGAGCAGCUGUGCGCGCAGCUGUUGCAGGAAACGGGUGUGGCAAUCUUACCGGGCUCGGCCUUCGGGCGUGCACCGGAGGAGCUCUUCGCACGGCUGGCAGUCGUGGACUUCAAGGGCGACCUCGCGCUCUACUUGAUCGAAAGCAUGCAAGAUAACCCGUCUCUGGAGGCCAUUGAAGGCUUUAUCCAGUCAGUGUGCCCAAAUCUUGACAUCGCCAUGCGCAAGCUAGCAUGGUGGAUUGCUCUUACCCGACCUUCUGCUGCGUCAGCAACAGGCAGUGGCUCAGGUGCUACCUUUUUAGGCUAG